AUGGAUAACAACACAAUUAAAGCGAAUAGGUCCGCCUUCUCCAUAGACAACAUUCUGGAGCAUAAGACACAAGCCACACAAGGGAACAUUAAAAAACCUUCAACACAGUUGAGUCCUGGCGCCGCAGGUCCUGCCACGGGCUUUGCGCCCACAUCCGGUCCAACGUCCAUAUACGAUCUGUCACGCGACGCGAUGGCCGCACAAUAUGCCCUCAAGAAUCUGGAGCCCGGCACGGGCACUUUGCUGACGCCGACAACGCUGCGCUUCAAUCCCGUCUACUCAGAUCCCGCCUCGUUAUUCUAUCAGCAAAUGCUGAAUCUACAGAAGAAUUCUUCGCUCUUCAUGCCCCACUUUCAGGCCGCCGCGGUGGCCGCCGCUGCGGCAGCACAGCCAGGCGCCUAUUGUGAUCAGUACAGCCCGUUUCUGGAUUGUGAAGGCUUCAGCAAUCCCGCAUCCGCUGCCGCUGCCCUCUACUGCAAUGCGGCCUAUCCGGGCGCCAGUUUCUACAUGUCGAACUUCGGGGUGAAGCGCAAAGGUGGACAAAUCCGUUUCACGUCGCAGCAGACGAAAAAUCUCGAGAAUCGAUUCUCCAGCUCAAAGUAUUUGUCGCCCGAGGAGCGACGGCAUUUGGCGCUGCAGCUGAAGCUGACGGAUCGCCAGGUGAAGACCUGGUUUCAGAAUCGGCGCGCCAAAUGGCGGCGUGCCAAUCAGACCAAACGCAGCGGCAGCGCAGCAGCCACGCCCACUUCGAACAGCAGCGCAGCGACGGCAACGGGAACGGGGACUGGCAGAGGGGCACAGCAGCAGGCGCACAGUGAAGACGAGGAUCGCAUGUACCUGUCGGCAGAUGAAGACGAGGACGAUGACGAGGAGGAGGAGCAGGACGAUUCGCAUCAGGUGGAUACGUAG